AUGUGUGGUGCGAUAUGGAGGUUCACGCGGCGCCGUGCCCAGUCCGUGUGCCUGCUGCUGGCCUUCCUCUCCGUGCUGCUUCACCUCCUCCUGGUCUUCCUCACGCUCUCCACCUACCAGCCCCCAUGCGAACCCCAGUCACACCUCCCCAGGAAGACCAUUCGAGACCUCAUACAGCCCCACACCAACCAGUCUGAAGACGUCCACAGGAGGAACCCAGACACAGGCGCCUCGGGCCCAGCCCAGUCAGUGGGAGCGUUACGUGACAAGCCAGCCCCACUGCUGAAGCCGGACGCCACAGUCAAGCAGCAGCAGCAGCAGCAGCAGCAGCAGCCUGUUGGCGGUGCACCUCUAAACCCCAGAGUGGGCUCCACGUCGGGCCCCAUGCUGCCUGCAGAGGCAGAGGGGGGCCUGCUGCUGCAGCCCCAGCCCCAGCCCCAGCCCAACCUGACCAUGCUGGAGGCCCUGUGGAGCCACCCGCUCUACAACCUCCCCAGCCCCGUCCUGGAGGAGGACGACUGGCUGCUGCGCUUCAAGCCCAAGGUGAAGGAGAACGAGCUGGACAGCCCUCAGUGGGUGAGUGCGGAGGGAUAUGACCCGGUGCACAUCAAUGGCGAUGUGGAGACCCACCCGGCGUGGCUGCGCUUCCACCUGGCCAUCACCCGCUGGCAGCUGUACGACCGCGCCGACCCCAACCUGCUGCUGCUGGAGGACCAGCUGGCCUCAGACAAGAUCGUCAGCGCAGUGCAGAAGACGGGGGGCACUCAGCUGAAACUGGUGAUGUCAUUCCCCAACUACGGCCAGGCACUCUUCAAACCCAUGAAACAGGAGCGUCAUGAGGAAACGAAUUACAACCUGUACUACUUCUCAGACUUUGAAAGACACAAUGCUGAAAUUGCUGCGUAUCACCUGGACAGGGUGUUAGGUUUCCGCAGAGUGCCCCCCGUGGUGGGCAGGCUGGUGGAUGUGAUUAAAGAGAUCAAAGACAUCACCACAGACGGGAAACUGGCCAGGACCUUUUUCAACUCACCUGUGGGCAACUCCUGUUUCUAUGGCCAGUGUUCGUACUACUGCUCCACAGAGCACGCUGUGUGCGGCCAGCCCCAGGCCCUGGAGGCCUCGCUGGCGGCCAUGCUGCCCGACCUCUCCCUGGCCCCCCGCCGCGCCUGGAGGAGCCCAUGGAGACGCUCCUACAGCCGCAGCAAACUCGCACAAUGGGAGACGGAGAAGAAUUACUGUGAUACGGUGAAAAAGACACCCCCAUACGAUCAAGGCACACGGCUGGUCGACGUCAUUGAUAUGGCCGUCCUGGAUUUUCUAAUGAGUAACAUGGACAGACAUCAUUAUGAGACAUUUGAGAAGUUUGGCAACGACACCUUUCUCAUACACUUGGACAAUGGCAGAGCGUUUGGACGUUUCUCUAAAGAUGAGCCUUCCAUACUAGCACCACUGGAGCAGUGUUGCAGGAUUCGCCGCUCCACUCUGAAGAAGCUGCAGCUGCUGUGCUCUCCUCAGCUCCGCCUGAGUGACGUGAUGCGCGCCUCGCUGUCGCAGGACCCGCUGGCCGCCGUGGCCCCUCUGCUGUCCGAGCCGCACCUCGCUGCCCUGGAUCGCCGCCUGGCCAAAGUGCUGGAGGUCGUCGCCCGUUGCCAAGAGCAGCAUAGCGACACAGUAUUCGACGACAUACCUGACUACCCUGGUUAAACAGCAGAAAGACAUGGGAGGAUUUGAGUUCAGGAUAUUUUCAGAGAAUUAAACUUUUAUUUAUUAUACAGAACAGA